AUGGCGCUGUAUCUGCCCCAGACUAGGCCCUAUUCUGACAAAAAGGGCCGUUUUGACGAGCAGGUCAGAGGUGAUGUGGUCUCCUACUUGGGAUGUCUCUAUCAUUCCGUGGCGGAAACCCUUCCCGAUGUCAGGGAUGAUGCCUUUGAUGGAGAUCGCGCUGCUUUUGUUGCAGCUGGUUUGACUGAUGAGUAUGCCAUCGAAUUGAACAAACAAGCGACAGCUGACCCACAGCCUGAAGCGUUGAACCUGAAUCCAGACUCAAAGAAAAAACCGAGAAAGAUGUGUAAGGGUGUCAAACUCAACCCAGAUCGCUUAGCAGGAUCGCCCACAGAGGGUGGCAUGGAGAUUCGCAAACUCCCACCCGGCUCGAUGAAGGAAUACCAUGAACAAUACAAGAUUCAGUCACCACUGCAAGCGCCAGCAAGCUUCCCAUAUUUUUGGCGGGUAGCUUGCAAGAACGUGCGCAGCAUCACGUGCCAGUACCUGCGUACUGGGCACACACACGAGGACGUGGAUCAACUAUUCGGAACUUUGAGUAAAUACAUGCUCAAAGUCCGAGACCUGCAAUGCCCAGCCGACCUGGUCAAAGCCAUCACAGAUUUCUUGGUCAACGCCAAGAUGCCUUUUGAAGCUGAGCGGUAUGUUGUUACCAUGGAUGAUAUGAGGGACUGGACUGGCUUCUUGGCUGAAGGGGUGCCCUUCAGGCUAAAGGGCAUUGGUUUGCAGAGCCACGAGCUGGAGAGCAUCUGGGAUUAUGCAGAACAUCCAGAUGAUGUGGUGCUGAGGACUAAGCAGUGGAUGGCCAGCGGUGACUUUAGCCUGACAACUGUGGCGUAUCCGAAGCAGCUUGCCUUAGACCGACUACCGAUGGGAUUGCCCAUAGGCCCGGGGUGA